AAAUUUUAAGUAAACAUGAGCUCCCCGAAUAAUAGUCCGAACAAAAAAAAUUCGCUGCAAUGUGAGAGCAGGAUCAGUCUCCGACGCAGCGGUGGAACGCAAAACGAUCUCGUAAAUAAACUGCAGCAUUUGCGUCCGGGAUUCGGUCUCGGCGCGCCGGUACGCCGGUACCUUCCCGCCGUGUUCGGUGUCAUAGACGGUGGCACCCAUCCGCGCAGCAUCCUACGCGAUCAGACCCAUAAAACCGAUGCAACGGAGGUGAAGAACUUCCGGCAGGCCCAACCGCGACGCCAGUCCCGUGGCCGACAGCAGCUUCAAAUAGCCAAUGUUCCGGAGGAAAAUAUAGCAGAUGUGUCGGCACCCAGCUUUGAAAUGAAAAAGCCCUCUCAACGAUCCAAUAUGGCGGAGGCGCCGGUGGCCAGCGGCCACACGGUCGAGACCGUGUAUACGGAAAUUUUCGAUAGCUUUCCGGACCCCAGGGAUAUUAUGACGCCCGGCACGUCCUUACAGAUUAGAGACAAAUCCCUUAGCCAGAAGACUACCCACCGCAAGGUCACUACGCAUCGUGACUCCAACGGAAAUAUUACUAGUCGCAUUGAGGAGACGACCACAGUGUGCACUGCGCCCCGGGAUAGGCCACCGUCCAUUACACGGCGCAUUAACUUCUCCACAGAGGAUGUGUCUAAAAACGUGUCGGACGAAACGAUGCUCAUGCUCCACGAUGACUCUAGGCCAAGGACGCUUAUAGGAGAGAGAUACAUGCCCAGCGAGUAUCCGGGUGGGCAAGGACCUCUUCAAUAUCGCGAUCGCAGCUCACAGCGCGAGAAAUUGGAGGACGAACCAGCGCAUUCUUUCAAUGGCAUUUCGGGAGCUACUCGCCAAUGGCGAGCACCCAGGACUAUCGGGUUCCUGAAUGACCAGACAAUACCGUCUUAUGUGGCAUACACCACCGGCUUCUCUGACAGGGCACAACAGACGUGGCCCAGUGCCUACAGUGAACAGCAACGGCGAAAAAGGAGAUCCCAAGGAACGGCUCCGGACCGGACCAGUUUCCCGGACAGGUCACAACAGGACAGUCCAAGCGAAAACUUAGAAAGUGAUCACCGAAGAUUCCGAUCUCAAAGUCCAGAUGGCAGACGCAGUCAGUUUCAAGAGGACCUCAGUUCCGCGACCCGCCAACGAAGCUUGUCGCAAGGCUCAAAUCCCAGAAGGCAGCAGAUAUCACAGCAGUCGCAGAAUAUAAACAAUAAUUCUGCUCCUCAAUUCAACGACAGUCCACCCAGAGGAGAGGUUUCGCCUUCUUCGAGAUCUCCAAAUGGCAACGCCCACCCCAAGUCAGUGUCUGGUGACCUUGCUGAGGAAUACGCCCCCUUUCGCAAUGAAGCCGGGUCGAUAAAACGGAGUAACGAUUCUGUAAAUAAGGGGCCAGUCAAAGUGACUGAUGAAGUUCUGGAUGAUGUAACCAUGCCGUCGUCUGGAGAAGCAGCAACUUCAUCCCACCGGCAUGUGACACUACCCAGCGGGGACUUACGCGAAGUGUCGGCUCGGGAGCAAAUAGGUGAUGAAUCGGCUCCUACCUUUGCAAGUUCAGAUCACAGAAAUACUUACAGUCAGAGACGAUCAAUGCCUUCAAGCAACAUUAAUGAUGAAUCAGCCCCCACAUUUGACAGUACCGGUCGUGGAACAGCAUACAGUCAGAGGCAAUCCAUGCCAUCUCAAAACCUAAUCGAUGAAUCAGCACCCACAUUUGAGAGUACUGGUCGUGGAACUGCGUACAGUCAAAGGCAAUCUUUACCUGCAAAUACUCAGAGGAAAUCCAUGACUUCAGCAAACAUAUGGGAUGAAUCGGAACCUACUUUCGAAAGAACCAGUCCUGGAACUGCACAUACACAGAGGAAAACCUUGCCUUCAGGUACUCAUCGACGAUCUAGGCCUUCACAAAACAUAUGCCAUGAAUCAUGUCCUAAAUUCAACUGUUCCGGCGAUGAACCUGUACCUACUCAGUUUCAAACCAUGCCUUCCCAAAACAUAAACGAUGAAUCAGAACCAACAUUUGAGGGAACCGGUCGUGGAACUGCAUACAGUCAGAGGCAAUCCAUGCCAUCUCAAAACAUAUUUGACGAAUCAGCACCCACAUUUGAGAGCACCGGUCGUGGAACUGCGUACACUCAAAGGCAAUCAGCUCAGACGAGAUCCAUGCCUUCUCAAAACAUAAACGAUGAAUCGGAACCGAAAUUUCACAGUACCGGUCGUGGAACUGCAUACAGUCAAAGAAAAUCCAUGCCUUCUCAAAAUAUAAACGAUGAAUCGAAACCGUUAUUAGAAAGUACCGGUCGUGGAACUGCAUACAGUCAGAGGCAAUCCAUGCCAUCUCAAAACAUAUUUGAUGAAUCAGCACCCACAUUUGAGAGUACGGGUCGUGGAACUGGAUACAGUCAGAGGCAAUCCAUGGGUCCAGCAGCUCAGACAAGAUCCAUGCCUUCUGAAAACAUAAACGAUGAAUCGGAACCCACAUUUGAGAGUACGGGUCGUGGAACUGCGUACAGUCAGCGGCAAUCCAUGGCUGCGUACAGUCAAAGACAAUCAAUGCCUUCUCAAAACAUCAACGAUGAAUCGGAACCCACAUUUGAGAGUACCAGUCGUGGAGCUUCAUACAGUCAAAGACAAUCCAUGCCUUCUCAAAACAUCAACGAUGAAUCGGAACCCACAUUUGAGAGUACCAGUCGUGGAGCUUCAUACAGUCAAAGACAAUCCAUGCCUUCUCAAAACAUAAACGAUGAAUCGGAACCGAAAUUUCACAGUACCGGUCGGGGAACUGCAUACAGUCAAAGACAAUCCAUGCCUUCUCAAAAUAUAAACGAUGAAUCGAAACCGUUAUUUGAGAGUAGCGGUCGUGGAACUGCAUACAGUCAGAGGCAAUCCAUGCCGUCUCAAAACAUAUUUGAUGAAUCAGCACCCACAUUUGAGAGUACCGCUCGUGGAACUUCAUACAGUCAAAGGCAAUCAAUGGGUGUAUUAGCUAAGCCGAGAUCCAUGCCUUCUCAAAACAUAAACGAUGAAUCGGAACCAACAUUUGACAGUACCGGUCGUGGAACUGCAUACAGUCAAAGACAAUCCAUGCCUUCUCAAAACAUUAAUGAUGAAUCUGAACCCACAUUUGAGAGUACCGCUCGUGGAACUUCAUACAGUCAGAGGCAAUCAAUGGGUGUAUCAGCUAAGCCGAGAUCCAUGCCUUCUCAAAACAUAAACGAUGAAUCGAAACCAUUAUUUGACAGUACCGGUCGUGGAACUGCAUACAGUCAGAGGCAAUCCAUGCCAUCUAAAAACAUAAUUGAUGAAUCAGCACCUACAUUUGAGAGCACCGGUCGUGGGACUGCGUACACUCAAAGGCAAUCUUUACCUGCACAAACUCAGAGAAAAUCCAUGCCUUCAGCAAACAUAUGGGAUGAAUCGGAACCUACUUUCGAAAGUUCCAGUCCUGGAACUGCACUCAGACAGAGGAAAACCUUGCCUUCACGUACUCAGAGACAAUCGAUGCCUUUAGAAAAUAUAUGCGCUGAAACCUGUCCUAAUUUCAACUGUUCCGUUGUUGAACCUUCAACUAUUCCGUGGCAAGCCAUGCCUUCCCAAAACAUAAACGAUGAAUCAGCACCCACAUUUGAGAGUACGGGUCGUGGAACUGGAUACAGUCAGAGGCAAUCCAUGGGUCCAGCAGCUCAGACAAGAUCCAUGCCUUCUGAAAACAUAAACGAUGAAUCGGAACCCACAUUUGAUAGUACGGGUCGUGGAACUGCGUACAGUCAGAGGCAACCCAUGGGUGAAUCAACUCAGAGGCAAUCCUCGAUUUCGAAAAACCUAAACGAUGAAUCGGCACCGCCAUUUGAGAGUACUGGUCCUGAAACUGCAGACAGUCAAAGACAAACUAUGCCUUCUCAAAACAUAAACGAUGAAUCAGCACCCACAUUUGAGAGUACCGGUCGUGGAACUGGGCACAGUCGGAGGCAACCCAUUGAUGAAUCAACUCAGAGGCAAUCCUCGCUUUCGAAAAACCUAAACGAUGAAUCGGAACCGACAUUUGAGAGUACUGGUCCUGAAACUGCAGAGAGUCAAAGAAAAACUAUGCCUUCUCAAAACAUAAACGAUGAAUCAGCACCCACCUUUGAGAGUACCGGCCGUGGAACUGGGCACAGUCAGAGGCAACCCAUUGCUGAAUCAACUCAGAGGCAAUCCUCGCUGUCCAAAAACCUAAACGAUGAAUCGGAACCAACAUUUGAGAGUACCGGUCCUGAAACUGCAGACAGUCAAAGACAAACAAUGCCUUCUGAAAACAUAAACGAUGAAUCGGAACCCACAUUUGAUAGUACAGGUCGUGGAACUGAAUAUAGUAAGGGGAAAUCAAUGGGGCCAGCAGCUCAGACCAGAUCUAUGCCUUUUGAAAACAUAAACGAUGAAUCGGAGCCCACAUUUGACAGUACGGGUCGUGGAACUGCGUACAGUCAGAGGCAACCCAUGGGUGAAUCAACUCAGAGGCAAUCCUCGCUUUCGAAAAACCUAAACGAUGAAUCGGCACCGACAUUUGAGAGUACUGGUCCUGAAACCGCAGACAGUCAAAGACAAACUAUGCCUUCUCACAACAUAAACGAUGAAUCAGCACCCACAUUUGAGAGUACGGGUCCUGUAACUGAAUACAGUCAGAGGCAAUCAAUGGGGCCAGCAGCUCAGACGAGAUCCAUGCCUUCUGAAAACAUAAACAAUGAAUCUGCACCCACAUUUGAGGGUACCGGUCCUGGAACUGAAUAUAGUCAGGGGAAAUCCAUGCCCUCAGCAAAUAUAUGGGAUGAAUCGGUACCUAAUUUCGAAAGUUCCAGUCCUGGAAAUGCACUCGGUCAGAGGAAAACCUUGCCUUCAAGUACUCAGAGACAAUCGAAGCCUUCAGACAAUACAUGCGCUGAAUCCUGUCCGAAUGUCAACUGUUCCGUUGUUGAACCUUCAACUAUUCAGUGGCAGGCCAUGCCUUCCCAAAACAUAAACGAUGAAUCGGCUCCAACAUUUGAGAGUACGGGACCUGAAACUGCAGACAGUCAAAGACAAGCUAUGCCUUCUCAAAAUAUAAACGAUGUAUCACAACCCACAUUUGAGAGUACCGGUCCUGGAACUGAAUACAGUCAGAGGCAAUCAAUGGGUGCAGCACCUCACACGAUAUCCAUGCCUUCAAAAAACAUAAACGAUGAAUCGGAACCAACAUUUGAGAGAACCAGUCCUGGAACCGAAUACAGUCAGAGGCCAUCCAUGCCUUCUCAAAACAUAAACGAUGAAUCAGCACCCACAUUUGAGAGUACCGGUCGUGGAACUGGGCACAGUCAGAGGCAACCCAUUGCUGAAUCAACUCAGAGACAAUCCACGCUUUCGAAAAACCUAAACAAUGAAUCGGAACCGACAUAUGAGAGUACCGGUCCUGAAACUGCGGACAGUCAAAGACAAUCUAUGCCUUCUGAAAACAUAAACGAUGAAUCAGCACCCACAUUUGAAAGUACCGGUCGUGGAACUGAAUACAGUCAGAGGAAAUCCAUAGCUUCAGAAAAAAAAAAACGCCAAAAUAUAAACGAUGAAUCUGCACCCACUUUUGAGAGUACCGAUCCUGGAACUGAGCACAGUCAGAGACAAUCCAUGGCUGCAGCAGUUCAGAAGAGAUCCAUGCCUUCUGAAAACAUGAACGAUGAAUCGGAACCAAUAUUUGAGAGUACCGGUCCUGAAGUUGCAAAAAGUCAAGGCCAACCCACGUCUUCUGAAAACAUAAAUGAUGAAUCGGCACCCUCAUUUGAGAGUACUGGUCGUGGCGCUGAGCACAGUCAGAGGCAAUCCAUGCCGUCCCAAAAUUUAGACGAUGAAUCAGCACCCACAUUUGAGAUCACCGGUCCUGGAACCGAAUAUAUUCCGGGGCCAUCCAUGCCUUCUCAAAACAUUAACGAUAAAUCAGCACCCACAUUUGACAGUACCGGCCGUGGAACUGAAUACAGUCAGAGGCAACCCAUGGUUGAAUCAACUCAGAGGCAAUCCACGCUUUCGAAAAACCUAAACGAUGAAUCGGAACCGACAUUUGAGAGUACUGGUCCUGAAACUGCAGACAGUCAAAGACAAACUAUGCCUUCUCAAAACAUAAACGAUGAAUCAGCACCCACAUUUGAGAGUACCGGCCGUGGAACUGAAUACAGUCAGAGGCAACCCAUGGUUGAAUCAACUCAGAGGCAAUCCACGCUUUCGAAAAACCUAAACGAUGAAUCGGAACCGACAUUUGAGAGUACUGGUCCUGAAACUGCAGACAGUCAAAGACAAACUAUGCCUUCUCACAACAUAAACGAUGUAUCACAACCCACAUUUGAGAGUACGGGUCCUGUAACUGAAUACAGUCAGAGGCAAUCAAUGGGGCCAGCAGCUCAGACGAGAUCCAUGCCUUCUGAAAACAUAAACAAUGAAUCUGCACCCACAUUUGAGGGUACCGGUCCUGGAACUGAAUUUAGUCAGGGGAAAUCCAUGCCCUCAGCAAAUAUAUGGGAUGAAUCGGUACCUAAUUUCGAAAGUUCCAGUCCUGGAAAUGCACUCGGUCAGAGGAAAACCUUGCCUUCAAGUACUCAGAGACAAUCGAAGCCUUCAGACAAUACAUGCGCUGAAUCCUGUCCGAAUGUCAACUGUUCCGUUGUUGAACCUUCAACUAUUCAGUGGCAGGCCAUGCCUUCCCAAAACAUAAACGAUGAAUCGGCUCCAACAUUUGAGAGUACAGGACCUGAAACUGCAGACAGUCAAAGACAAGCUAUGCCUUCUCAAAAUAUAAACGAUGAAUCAGCACCCACAUUUGAGAGUACCGGCCGUGGAACUGAAUACAGUCAGAGGCAACCCAUGGCUGAAUCAACUCAGAGGCAAGCCACGCCUUCGCAAAACCUAAACGAUGAAUCGGAACCAGCAUUUGAGAGUACCGGUUCUGAAACUGCAGGCAGUCAAAGACAAGCUAUGCCUUCUCAAAACAUAAACGAUGAAUCAGCACCCACAUUUGAGAGUACCGGCCGUGGAACUGAAUACAGUCAGAGGCAACCCAUGGCUGAAUCAACUCAGCGGCAAGCCACGCCUUCGCAAAACCUAAACGAUGAAUCGGAACCAGCAUUUGAGAGUACCGGUCCUGAAACUGCAGGCAGUCAAAGACAAGCUAUGCCUUCUCAAAACAUAAACGAUGAAUCAGCACCCACAUUUGAGAGCACCGGCAGUACCGGAACUGAAUACAGUCAGAGGCAACCCAUGGCUGAAUCAACUCAGAGGCAAGCCACGCCUUCGCAAAACCUAAACGAUGAAUCGGAACCAGCAUUUGAGAGUACCGGUCCUGAAACUGCAGGCAGUCAAAGACAAGCUAUGCCUUCUCAAAACAUAAACGAUGAAUCAGCACCCACAUUUGAGAGUACCGGCCGUGGAACUGAAUACAGUCAGAGGCAACCCAUGGCUGAAUCAACUCAGAGGCAAGCCACGCCUUCGCAAAACCUAAACGAUGAAUCGGAACCGACAUUUGAGAGUACUGGUCCUGAAACUGCAGACAGUCAAAGACAAGCUAUGCCUUCUCAAAACAUAAACGAUGAAUCAGCACCCACAUUUGAGAGUACCGGCCGUGGAACUGAAUACAGUCAGAGGCAACCCAUGGCUGAAUCAACUCAGAGGCAAGCCACGCCUUCGCAAAACCUAAACGAUGAAUCGGAACCAGCAUUUGAGAGUACCGGUCCUGAAACUGCAGGCAGUCAAAGACAAGCUAUGCCUUCUCAAAACAUAAACGAUGAAUCAGCACCCACAUUUGAGAGUACCGGCAGUACCGGAACUGAAUACAGUCAGAAGCAACCCAUGGCUGAAUCAACUCAGAGGCAACCCACGCCUUCGCAAAACCUAAACAAUGAAUCGGAAACGACAUUUGAGAGUACUGGUCCUGAAACUGCAGACAGUCAAAGACAAGCUAUGCCUUCUCAAAACAUAAACGAUGAAUCAGCACCCACAUUUGAGAGUACCGGCCGUGGAACUGAAUACAGUCAGAGGCAACCCAUGGCUGAAUCAACUCAGAGGCAAGCCACGCCUUCGCAAAACCUAAACGAUGAAUCGAAACCAUUAUUUGACAGUACCGGUCGUGGAACUGCAUACAGUCAGAGGCAAUCCAUGCCAUCUAAAAACAUAAUUGAUGAAUCAGCACCUACAUUUGAGAGCACCGGUCGUGGGACUGCGUACACUCAAAGGCAACCUGCACAAACUCAGAGAAAAUCCAUGCCUUCAGCAAACAUAUGGGAUGAAUCGGAACCUACUUUCGAAAGUUCCAGUCCUGGAACUGCACUCAGACAGAGGCAAACCUUGUCUUCACAUACUCAGAGACAAUCGAUGCCUUUAGAAAAUAUAUGCGCUGAAACCUGUCCUAAUUUCAACUGUUCCGUUGUUGCACCUUCAACUAUUCCGUGGCAAGCCAUGCCUUCCCAAAACAUAAACGAUGAAUCAGCACCCACAUUUGAGAGUACGGGUCGUGGAACUGGAUACAGUCAGGGGAAAUCAAUGGGGCCAGCAGCUCAGACCAGAUCUAUGCCUUUUGAAAACAUAAACGAUGAAUCGGAGCCCACAUUUGACAGUACGGGUCGUGGAACUGCGUACAGUCAGAGGCAACCCAUGGCUGAAUCAACUCAGAGGCAAGCCACGCCUUCGAAAAACCUAAACGAUGAAUCGGAACUGACAUUUGAGAGUACUGGUCCUGAAAAUGCAGACAGUCAAAGACAAGCUAUGCCUUCUCAAAACAUAAACGAUGAAUCAGCACCCACAUUUGAGAGUACCGGUGAGACGAAUGAGAAAAUAGAAAUGGACGACGAGUGGAUGUCAGAAUAUGAUGAAGUGGGAGGCGUCAAAAGAAGAAAGAUCUCCAGAGGACAACAGGUGUCGAUGCCAUCGCAAAAUAUCCCGGUUCCACGGUUCAUGCCCUCGGGUGGUGAAGUUUCCGGAGCAGCUAGAAGCACCGCGAGACCGGAGGGUACCAUGCCGUCGCGAAACCCUUUUGUGCUUCAGAUGACCAAUGAGUGUGUGGCGAAUGAAACUAUCCAACCUUUGCCGUAUGUGUCGGAACAGCCACCGUUAGUCGCCUAUCAGCAAACCGAGCAGCGCGGUAGACCGGUGCCACAGCAUGUCUCAUAUGCGUCUUUUUCCACGGAACUUCUGGGUAAUGUAAAUACGCUAUCUCAUCCCUCCGAUACCGGAGGUAGUCAAUCGUGUAUGUGUGAUGGAAUGCGAGAGCAUUCACUGGGUCAAACCUGGACAGACAGGAUGGACCGCUCGACAACCAAUAAAAUAGAAGAUGUCAGUAUGAAAGCCUUCAACAACCUUUCUGUCACGCCGCACCACCUAUUGCAAAUGCCCAAGACGUGUUUGGAUAUAGCCACCGAGACGCCACUCCAGCGGAGAAGUCAGUCGCUAGAGUACACACCUUCGGAGAAUGACAGCGAAUCGGAUUUCCUUACAUGCAAAAGCUCUACUGACUUGCGACAGGAGGACAAAGGCGCUAUUCCCUGUGGUAUAUGCGAGAGAGUGCCCUCAGACCGCUACUUCCAGUCAAUGGAUGUUGGUCCCCAUGGCCAAGUGGUGCAAGGGGUAACCGUAACGACAUCAAUGUCCAUAAUUUCGGGGACGCGAUUAAAUCAGGACCAGAGAAUGCGUGCUGAGGUUCAAAUGUCGAACUCAAUGACGAACUAUGAUUCAAUUGAUCAGGUCAUGCAGUCAACCGGCCACAAAAGCACUGGAACAACAACACAGAACAGCUGUUCCAUGGAACAGCAAAAUCAGAACCAAAAGAUGCGUGCUGAGGAUGAAAUGCUACAGAGCGGACGCAAGAAUGGAUAUUCCAACCGAAGCAUCAACGGAUUCGACUCAAUGAUCAACUACGUUUCGUUCGAUCAGGUCAUGCAGUCAACCGGCCACCAGAGCGCCGGAACAACUACACAGAAAAAUUGUUCAAUGGAACAGCAAAACUAUCAACCGAAUCAGCCUUGCCCUGGUUGUCCCACCGGAGCUUCCCACGCCAUGCAGAUCCAGAGAGCAUGGGAACAGGGUUUUACCAUUUGUGGAAGCAGGCUUGGCACAUCACCCAUCACCAUCACCAAUUACCAUAGCACUGGAACAACAACGCAAAACGACCAUUCCCUGAAGAAAAGAGACUUUAACCCCACUGGAUUUGCAGCCGAAUGCGACCAAACCAGCUAUAACUCCGUGCAGGCGUGCACCUGCCAGCAGUCUCAAGGCGGGGGUUCGGCCUUUCCCGUCGAACUCCCUUGCGGUUGUUCGCCGGAUUCGGAGUCCCAGUUCGAUUCGGAGACGGAAUGCAAUGCCGACGGCUUCACCGCCAGAUCGUCUAGUCCAGAUGAAGUAGAAGCCGGACCCCAUUACGACGACUAUAAAGACGUAGAGGAGUGCAAUGAUGACGACAACGAUGCCAGAUCGCCCGGAGCCUACCCAAACCCUUCCAAAGCCGUGCUGAACUCUGGUGCCAACAACUGCAACUGUCCACUGAAGUCAGAGGAUGACUCCAACGCCAGACCGUACCGUCCCCUUAGAGGAUCGCCUGGACCCUUCUUCUACGCAGUUCAGGACACUGGAAUGUGGGGGAUUACCAGCGCUUUUCUGCCGGAACCAGCGAUCGCCAUAUCGCCAUGUCUCAAUGGACCCUGUUCGUUAGAGUCGGAGCGCACUGAUGACUACCAGUCUGCCCGAUCGUCCAUUUCCAAUGAAGAAGAUCGUGGCACCUAUCGGCCGCCAUGCUGGGUAUAUCCCUCACCGAUUCGGAUGCUUUUUGAUGGAUUGGUUCGACUUGGGGAAUCUCUUUAAACAAUAAAUUUUCUACAAUAAAUUGUAGACACGACCUGUUAACUCAA